AAAUUGCAUAUCCAAUUAUUAAGAAAACUUUAAGCUGAUUCAUGAAAUAUCUUAUAAUAUACAGAAAAAAAAUUUAUACAACAAAUUGAAAAUGUAAUCGUAAUGAGUAUGGGAAAUUUCAGAUACUAUGGAGGAUAUUAACAAUCCACGAUUGAGAUCACGACGACCGAAGAUAAAUCUAUCCUCACUAGAGGAAAAGUCUGACGACAGUGAUGAAUCAAUGGACUUAACAACAACUAAAAGAAAACGAAAGGUAAAAGUACAAAAUGAAGCACAUGCAAAAAAAAUUACGAGUCAAGAUAUAUUACGAAUAUAUGAAGAACAAAGAAGUAAGGGAGACGAUAGCAGUGGUGAAGUAAUUCCAGACUGCGAUGGAGAAGAUGGAGACAGUACUCAUGACGAAGAUGAUACAGUUGAAGGUACCAUUGAACAUGAGUAUGAAAACAACAAUAAUGACGUAGAUCAUACAACCGAACAAGAAGAUAAUGAUCAUGAAUAUGAUCCAAUUAUUCGAAAUGAAGAAGGUACUUCGGAAGAUAAUAUAUUUUCGAAUACACAAGUUUCUACUGAUUCAGAACAUGAAGGACGAAACGCAGUAGACCAGGAAUUACAAAUCCAUGCCAUUGGUGGAAUGAUCGAUAAAAGAAACGAGCAGAAUAAUAAGUUACUAUUAGAAGAAGAACGACAACAGCGACUAAAAGAACUAAAACAAAAACAAAGCCGACAAGAGCAACUGGAACAAGAUAAUCGUGAACAAGAACCUCAGGAUCUAGAAGAGCAAAAAUAUUAGAGGAAGAGCAACACAGAUUAA